CCGCUCCUGGGCCGGGGCCCUCUGCCUGGUUCCCUUUCUCGGGGCGCCCAGACCCCCCCGUGUCUCCCAGAGCUCAGAAACACGCCCCGCGCGCGGGCCUCCCCCCGGACGUGGCCAGUGCCGUGCCCCGCGCGACGCCGUCUGCGAAUCCGCCGCAUCCACCGGUUGAGCUGCUGGGCUGGACCCGCUGCGAUAGAGCCGGGCCCUGCCCGCCGGGGGAGUGAGGAGCCGCGCGUUUAUUUGUAAUCCGGCGUUCUCCGGAGGGACCCUCGGGGGUGCGGGCGGCGGCGGCGGUGUUUCGGUGGGAGUCCCCAGAUGGAGCACAAGGAGGCGCCCUGGCUGGGGGGGGCUGCACCUGCUCCCGAGAGGCAGAGAGGCAGGAGCAGCUGCGGCUGGCAGUGCCCAAGAUGUAUGCAGUGUGACACCAAGUUUGACUUCCUUACCAGAAAGCACCACUGUCGCCGGUGCGGCAGGUGCUUCUGUGACAAGUGCUGCAGCCAGAAGGUGCCGCUGAGGCGCAUGUGCUUCGUGGACCCCGUGCGGCAGUGUGCCGAGUGCGCCCUGGUGUCCCACAAGGAGGCAGAGUUCUACGACAAGCAGCUCAAAGUGCUCCUGAGUGGAGCUACCUUCCUCGUAACUUUUGGAAACUCGGAAAAAUCAGAAACAAUGGUUUGUCGUCUUUCCAACAACCAGAGAUACUUGCUUCUGGAUGGAGACAGCCACUACGAGAUUGAGAUCGCACACAUUUCAACCGUGCAGGUUCUCACAGAAGGCUUCCCUCCUGGAGAAAAAGACAUUCACACUUACGCCAGCCUCCUGGGGAGCCAGCCCGGCUCAGAAGGAGGCAACGCACGGGCCACAGGCAUGUCCCUCCAGUACACAACACCAGGGGCAGAUGGUGUGACCCAGCUGAAGCUGACGGCUGGGGAGGAUGCAAAUGCCAGCAGGAGGCAGUCAACGGCGUGGCUGGCAGCCAUGCACAAGGCUGUCAAGCUCCUCUACGAAUCUCGGGACCAGUAACUCCACGUGGGACAGACAGCUUGGAACAGCGGAGCCUGCACUCUGUGCAUGCACAGACGCUAGUUCCACAUGUGGUGGGAAAUGCAAUUCAAGUAUUUGGAGAAACAGAAGCGUUCGCUUACCUAGUGCAAUAUGUACACAGUUUAUUAAUGCUCUAAACAGCUUCAUGCUUUAGAAUUUGUGAAUACACAAAUAUCUUGUUGAUAAUUGGGGAUGGGAGAGACUGAGCUACACUACCGCUAAACUAUUUUUAGCAUAAUCUAUGCCACGGUUUUAUGAGUGCCCAGGUUUACUAGAAGUUUCUGGCCCCCUAGUGUCUCAUUAAUUCUUCCAUAAAAUGAUUUGGGCAGUGGUGGCUCAGGCUUGAUUUGUCCUGGAGCCUGCCGGGUUUCUCAUACACCUGUGUACAGUCUGCCUGAGCCCAUUUCACAGACUGUCCGUUUACUGAGUGAGUCACUAAUUUGGGGCUAUGAACAAACCUUUGAGAUGUCACUAAGGGGAAGGAUCCAGCUUUGUGUUUUAUACUUUUCACUUACUGUUCCACUUUAUUAAAAUAAUUGUACAAUAAUUUGUAUAUAAAGCUUAUGAUUAAAUCCUAUUUUGAAAAUACA